AUGGAUUGUAAGAAGGAAGAAGCACUCCGUAGAGGCCCAUGGCUCGAAGAAGAAGAUGAACGGCUAGUAAAGUUCGUUACCCUUUUGGGAGAACGUCGUUGGGAUUCUUUAGCUAGAGUUUCCGGCUUGAAGAGGAGUGGUAAGAGUUGCAGGCUAAGGUGGAUUAACUAUCUGAAUCCGAGUCUGAAGUGUGGACCAAUGAGCCAAGAAGAAGAAAUUAUCAUCUUUCAGCUCCAUGCUCUCUGGGGCAACAAGUGGUCAAAGAUUGCAAGAAGAUUACCCGGUAGGACUGAUAACCAGAUUAAGAACUACUGGAGGACUCAUUUAAGAAAGAAAGUGGAAGCUCAAAACUAUGAUAAGAUCAUUGACUGGAGAGGAAAUAAAGGUGAAGAAUUGUUGCACAAGUAUAAGGAAACUGAGAUCAUGUGGACAAGGACGAAGACUCGAGAACAUGGCUUUGAUGAAACUGUGAAGGAAUAUAAGCAGAAAAACAUGGAGAGUGAUAAAGAAACCAAUGGUGUUAUUUGCGAAACAGAGCGCUUCGGUGUUAUGAAUUCACCAUAUGAAAACCGAAUUAUAGAUUGGAUAUCCAAAAGUGACGCAAAUAUCUUUGAAGACCAUAGCAGCAGUAGUACUGACAACAAUAUUAAUAUCAACGUUGGUUCUUGGUGGUUUCAAGAGAUUUUGGACUUCGAAGAGUUCUCAUGCUCUCUAUGGUCAUAG